UGCGAAUCCAACAGCUUGUACUCAUCUCAUCACCACACUCUCUCAUUACAGCUUCACCUUUCAACCCAUAUCUUCAACAUGGCCGGCGCUCAAGUAAUCGUCGCUUACCCGCGCAACAAAGAUUCCACUUUCAACAAGGAAUACUACCUGUCAACCCACAUGCCUCUCGUCGCGAAGUACUGGAAGAAGCAUGGUCUCAAGUCAUACGCCGUGACCGAGCUCCAGGCCGACGCCCCAUACAGUUACUCCGUUGUCAUGGAGUUUGAGAGCUACGAGGGCUGGGGAGCGGCUGGCGGGGACGCCAACACCAAGGAAGUCAUGGAGGACAUCAAGAACUUCAGCAACGAGCACCCGGUCCUACUCCACGGAAACGUCAUUGGCCGAGAGACUGUUUAAGAGCUGAUGGAUUGGUGAUGGUGCUGACGAUGCUGGAUGUGGUGGACGCGGGGUACUGGAGGGGUACGGUAGCUUCUCUCCCGAGGCAACUUCGGAUGGGAAGCUGCAUGUUCAAACUAGGAAAUGAUGACAGCCACGUCGACUCUGGUAGAUAAAUGCACAUCUCUAUCCAACUGCGUGUAACGCACUGUUGGUCUUGCA